AUGACCUUGUACAGGUCAGCCUUGGCCGCGGCGGCCGUGGCUCUUGUUCCACUCACUCAAGCAUGGAACAUUGAGCUGCCUCCCUGCAUUGAGCCUUUCAAGCCAUUCGUUUACUCCGGCUGUUUUCAAGAUGGAAAUCCCAAUGCCCUCAUCUUCAGGUCAAGCAUUGACCAGAAUAACAUGACGGUUGAGAAGUGUAUUGCUGAAUGCAAGGGCAAUGGCUUCCGUUAUGCUGGUCUCGAAUACUAUGGUGUUUGUUUCUGUGGUGCCACCGUCAAUGGGGCUCAGCUCGACGAGUCCAAGUGCUCAUUUCCCUGCAGCGGAAACAAAACUCAGACGUGCGGCGGCGACAACACUCUCUCUGUCUACCAGGAUCCCACCUUUCCCACCGAAGACGUCGACGUUGAUGAUUACAAGCUUCUUGGCUGCUACACUGAUGACUCAACCAAGGGCCGUACACUCUCUUACCCCAUUGACCUGGAGCCGUCUACUUUCACUACCAAGAAAUGUCUUGCUGCUUGUGAGAAGGAAGGCUUCCCCUUUGCUGGCGUGGAGUUUGGCAAGGAGUGUUGGUGUGGUGUUGUCCUCGCCAACGAUACCGCCAAGGUUGAUGCGUCCCAGUGCAACAUGCCUUGCCAGGGUGAUGCUUCUGAUACUUGUGGUGGACGGGGUCGUAUGAACUUGUGGGUUGCUAAGGAUCUUGAGUCUCUUGAGCCUUGUGGUCAUAAGCCUAGCACGACUACCACUCCUCUGCCUCCUAUUACUACUACCACGAAGAAGCCUUCUGAUACAACCACUACCCAGAAGCCUACUACUACAACCACUAAGCCUGAUACCACGACCAAGAAGCCUUCUACUACGUCUACCAAGCCUGACACCACCACCAAGAAGCCCACCACAACUACUAAGCCUGAUACAACUACCAAGAAGCCAACUACAACAUCGACUUGUGAUGAUGAGACUACCACCACCAAGAAGCCAACCACUACUACCAAGCCUGAUACCACAACCAAGAAGCCGACUACCACCACCAAGCCUGAUACCACAACCAAGAAACCUACCACAACUACUAAGCCCGACACCACGACCAAGAAGCCGUCUACUACUACCAAGCCGGAUACUACCAAGAAGCCCACCACAACUACUAAGCCUGAUACAACUACGAAGAAACCAACUACAACCUCGACUUGUGAUGAUGAGACUACCACCACCAAGCGUGGCACUACAACUAAGAAGUCUACUUCAACUUCAACUUGUGAUGAUGAGACGACUACGACCAGAAGACCUCAUACCACCACAACCAGACGCAACACGUCGACCAAGCCCACAACCACUACCAAGCGAGACACCACAACAACAAGACGGCCUCAUACUACUACCACCAAGCGUUUCACCACGACUACUAAGCCAACCACGACCAAAAAGGUUCCUCACACUACUACCAACCUUUGCACGGCCACUGUUACUCUGCCCCCCAAGUGCGAGUGGAAGUGUGGUAACUGGUGCGCUCCUCCUCUGCCGCCCUGGGCAGACAGGAACGGCUGCACCAUUGCACAGAAGACUUGCCACAAGCAGAUCUCUUCUUGCUUCAAGAACGCCGGAUGGCCUGGCUCCGUUGAGUGCUUCAAGUUCAAGGCUUGGUGUGCAUACAUUGACACUUACUGCUCAUCUUCUUGCCCUUCCAACAAGUGUGGUAAAUCGGAUUGCUGGAACAAGCACCACGGCGGCGGCAAGCCUCCUGGUAAUCCUCCUACUACUACUACCACUGUCUACCCAUGCCCAACUACCAGCAAACCAGUUCCUACCACCACCAAGCCCGGUCCUGGAUGCCCCAAGCCAACUAACAUCUGCACCCAGCCUACCAACCAGAGGUACGGCUAUGGUCCUGGAAAGCCCGUUGGCGGCAUUCCACUGCCCGUUGUAGACUGCAAUGAUGUCAAAGAAGAGUUCGAUCAGAAGCCCUUCAAGUUCUACACUGAUGCCGAUACCCGCAAGUGCCCUGGCUUCCCUUGGCCGCAGUGGCCCAACGUGUGUGCGCAGGCUUGUAAGGAACAGUACACCGAGUGUGUCGAGACUUAUAUCAAGGGCUGUGAGGAUGGCAAUCUCUAUGACCGAUCCUGGUCGAGCUCCUCUUCCUCGUCUUCCUGGUCUGGCUCGUGGUCAGGAAAUGGAGGUGCCGCCGCCUGUGCCGUUGCUGGCUCUGGAAACUCCGGAGCCUGGGCUAGAGCCGGUUCCGACAACGUUCAAUGCUGGGGUAAGGGCGGCAACAAGCCUAGCUCUGCUCUUGAGCGUUGCAAGGCUCAGUACCAGGACUGUGUGAAUGUUAACCAGUGGGUUAACCCCAGGGACAAGUGCAAGUACUGGCCCGGCUGCUAA